AUGAACAUACUAGUGUACGUUAUCACCACUAAACAUCGCCCGGUCCUCGAGCAGUUUGAGAACCAAAAGCUUUUAAAGAUUGGAAUCUUCGCUGAAGUCUAUCUUGUGGAUGGAAAGAUAAUCAGCAAGGCACCUCGCAGUGGAAGAGAGGAAGAUAUCCAGCCAGUUGUCCGUGAAGCCAACAUUUAUACGAUUUUAGGCAACCACCCCCGAAUUGCUGAAUGCCUCUCUCCAGGGAGGCAAGACUAUUUUUUCGUCGAUGAUGACUUCAACGUCCGCCUGGGUGAUUUCAACUCUUCCCAGUACCCUGGACAUCCAGCCUUAGGCUAUGAAAAGGCAUCUCAUUGCUUACCGAGAGAUUACGAGAUGCCAAACACGAUUUUGUCAGAUAUCUUUGCGCUGGGCUCUACGUUGUAUGAAUUUACCACCGGCGAUCCUGCGGUCAUUCGAGCGCGAAUUCAACGGCAGCAUCAUGCCGAUGCCGAAGUUGAGGCUCGAUAUGGGAAACGACAGUUCCCUGACGUAUCUCACGCCUUUGGGGGAGAUGUUAUUCUGGGGUGCUGGAAGGGAGACUUCACUACGGCAGAACAAGCUCUUGUCUCAUGCAUACUAACAGACCGGUGGAAGAAGACUGUGUUGGUGCCGCCUGAGGAUGAGCCCGCCUAG